UCAAUUCAAUUAUUCAAUAAAGUCACAAACCCACGCAAAUCAACCUAAGCCUUAUAAUCAAAAAACAAGAGGUUUGUGUUACUAUUCCUAUCACACACUUUUUUUUUCUUUCUCAAAAUGGGUUGCAAAAUUGCAACAAUCUUCUCUACCUUGAUUUUCCUAGUCGUUAUGUUUGGUCUUGUAACCUCAGAUAUUACCCAAGACAAAGAAGAAUGUACCCAAAAACUCAUUGCUUUGGCUAAUUGUCUUCCUUUUGUGAGUGGUGAAGCCAAAACACCACCUAUAGAUUGUUGCACUGGGGUCAAAGAAGUUGUUGAUAAGAGUAAGAGAUGUUUAUGUAUCCUUGUUAAGGAUCAUGAUGACCCUAGUCUUGGUUUUACUAUUAAUGUUACACUUGCACUUCAAUUACCAAAUGAUUGUAAGGCACCUACUAAUUUAACUCAGUGUAUUGAUAUCUUGCAUUUGGCACCUAAAUCUAAAGUUGCUAAGAUAUUUGAGGACUUCCAAAAAACCAUGGAGAAAAAUAGUACUACCACCCCUAUUACUCCCGUGUCUGAUGCACCUGCUCCUUCUUGGGCCGCUGCUCUUGAUAGGAUUGGAUUAAAUUGCUUCCAAACCAACUAUUGUCCAAGAAAUUCAUUUCAUUGCGCCAAGGACUGUAAAACUAAAGGCUUUCAUUUCGGUGGUAACUGUUUUGAAGGCCUGACUUACUGUUGUUGUCAAAACAACGUUUGAGAGACAUAUGAAAUUUUUUUUAACAGCAGAUGUAUGCAAUAAUAUAUAUAUUGUUAUGGACUAGGCUUAUGACUCAAUCGCCGAGGAAAUCCUCCUCUUGAACCUUUAUAAAUUAGAUAAAUUUAUAAAUAAAGUUCUUUUAAGAUUAAAGUUGUCCUUAUUUAUAAGCAUAAUUUUAAAUCAUCUUUUGUUCAA